AUGAAGAACCUCCUUAGGACCCUGACCGAGAGUCAGGUCAGGCCAGGGAGCGACCUCAAGCUCCUGCUGACGGCGGUGAAGGAGGCCCGUCGCCAAAGCUAUGAUACCAAGCUGUCUGACCCGUUUUACGAGUCUUUGGACAAUCUCCUGGCUGAUUUGAGGACCAUCACUAUUGACAACCGUGAUGCAGAGGCAUUUCUCAAGCCUGUUUCGAGGGUGGAGGUCCCUGAUUACUAUGACUACAUCACCAAUCCCAUGGACCUCGGGACAAUGGCCAAAAAGGUCAAGAAUAAACAGUACAAGUCGAAGCGGGAAUUCAAGGACGACUUGGACUUGAUUUGGUCCAAUUGUUACAAAUAUAAUGCGGCGGAGGACCAUCCACUCCGGCAAUGCGUCGAUCGACUAAAGGCCAAAGCUGAACGACUGCUCAAGCACAUCACCGACCGCAAGGACAGAACAGACCCCUCGAUACCGUUCCAAUUCGCCCCGCAACAACCGGGAAUCGCUCGCCCAAAGGUCAAUGGUGGGGGGAUGGUCAACGGACACAGCCGGACACCGAGCAAGUCGUCGCGGAACCCGACGUUUGCAGAGUCUCCGGCUCUCGUGCGGACACCGGCGGGAAUGGCGCUGUUUCGGGAGUUGGAUAGAGGGUUGGAUAAGGGUGAUGCGAGGGCGGGGGAACGGGUAAAUGCGUUGGUGGGGAAUGUGGGCGAGGUGGACGAGGAUUCGGAUACGCUCGACGGUGCCACGGGCGACAAGCGGAAAUUGAAUGGCGCAGCAGAGAGACCGAGGAAACGGGCACGGUUUGCAGCACUCCCGGACGACCUGUCGCAACUGUGGUGGCAUGCCGUGCACAACGAAUCCAUGAUCGCCAACGGGAUACCGGAAAUACCAUACGCAUCGUCGUCACAAGCAUACGAGAAGAAACGCCGGAAACAGAAGAAAUCGUCGACGACGGCGACGGCGACACCGCAGCGGGACAACCCGAAGUCCCUGCUCAAUUUGAUGAACAGCAACAUCAAGACGAUGCGCAGGAUGCGACAGACACACUCGAAGCUGUCGGCCGUGGUUGCGACUCUGACCGCCACAGAAGAUCCCGACGGAGACGGCGGCGUGUUUGGUCUGGGGCCGAGCACGAGCAUGGCAGGGGGCGUACCAGGUCCGGUGCCUACAGCAGAGGACGACCCGACAGACGACAAGAUCGACGAGCGUCCGUGGAUAGACAGGCUCAAGGGGCCGAUUGAGAUUGGGGAUGCGAGUGCCCAUGAUUGCAUCAAUUGGAUGGGGGAGAAGGUGCUGGAGCAUGUCGGGUUCCAGGGGACGUCCAAGAUGGCGCUGGAGGUGUUGUCGACUGUUGCCUCGGAUUAUCUGCUCAACGUGGGGCGCACCAUCCGUUUUCUUUCUGACAAGUAUGGCAAGACCAUGACUCCGGAGGAAAUCAUCCUCCACACACUCUUCGAGAGCGGCAUCUUCAAGAUUCAAGAGCUCGAACGAUUUAUCUCGGACGACAUCGAGCGCUACGGGAUGCGGCUGGGCGAAUUGGAGAAGAAGCUCGCAGGCGCCUACCGCGACGUGACAUCUGGUCAUGAAGCGCUUGAGGAUGAAGGACUGUUCGAAGAAGACGAUGAAGAGGCUGGUGCACUGGCCAUUGGCGACUUUGCGGACACACUGGGAGAAGACUACCUUGGCCUCCGCGAGCUUGGAAUUGCGGACGAAUUCAACCUCACAAAUCUUUCUAUACCCAAAGCUCUCUUACGGCGGAAGAGACUACAGAAGCUUGCUGCCGCCAAACCAGUGGAGAAGCCCCUCGACUACCCGUUACCUCCGCCCUUUCCUCCUUUUACGCUCUCCCGUGCAGAAGAUCAAAUCGGCCUCCUCCAACCGUAUUACCACGCCCGAUUUCAGCAACUCGCUGCUGCGCAAGUACCACCUCCACCGCCACCUUCAAUACUUGCUCCUCCCUCGCUUCCCGGUCCCUCGUUAUCCCUACCACCGCUCGCAGGACCAUCGCUCCCUCCGUUACCUGGUCCUUCCCUUCUUGCCCCUCCGCCGUUACCCGGACCUUCGUUGUCUGGUCCUGCACCGUAUCCUCCUGUUCCUUAUCCCUCUGCGACCCCGACACCGGCGAGUCCCGUCAAACCACCGUCGACACCCCAGCCACAGCCUUCACCCUCUCAACCUUCUCAAACACCUCAACCUCCUCAACCCGCUCAACCCUCUCAACCACCUCAGCCACCUCAACCGCCUGGAACCCAACCACAAUCACCACCUCAAACCGCUCCGAACCAACCUCCAGCGCCCCCACCCAUCCCGCCAGAUUUGGCUCUCCCCGACGACCCCGUGCACGCGUUCCAAACGAAGAUGGGGCCCAUUGGUCAGAUUUCGAAGCCGAAUCCCACCGCGGGGCUGCCCAAGAAGAAGGCGAAGCAGGUUAUGGAGGAGGGAGGAGGCUCAGGUGGGGGUCCCAUUGUGAUUGGACCUUCUACGAGUACCGGAGGAGGAGGUUUACCAAGCGCAGGAACCACCGCGGGUGCAGGACCGUCCAACGGUCCUAUAACAGCCGGUACGACGUUCAUACCGACUGUCGUUGGCCCGAACGGGUUCAUCUCUGUCAGCAUGGACGGGUCGGGGAAGAAGAAGAAGGCGGCGGCUGGGGCGGGUGCUGGGAGUGGGAGUGGGCCUGGGAGGAAGAAGAAGGAUAAGGAUAAGGAGAUGAAGGAUGGGACGGGGAGUUUUGUGUUGCCUGUGUCGGCUGUGUCUAGUCAUGCUUCUUCGAAUGGGAGUUGGGGGCAGGGACAUGGGAAUGGGCAGGGGCAGGGUCAGGGAGGUAGACAGGGUAAUGGCAAUGGUUCGUCCUCGUCGUUUCCUUCUGUUGUUAUUGCGAGUGCGUGA